CUGUCUUUCUUCCUCCUUCUGCAUCCAUGCAUGCGGCAAGAGACGGUGGUGUCUUCUUCGCUCUCCUCUUUCUCUUCUCUCCUUUUUCUCCUCUUGCCGCGCUUGCCUCUCGCUCGUUUCGCUCGUCUCUCGCAUCGAGCUGUUCCGCGCGCUCGAGUCUUGUUCUUGCCUGCGCCUCCCCCUUCUCUCGGUUGAAUUCAAUGCUUUUUUCUAAAGGCCGGAAAGGACCUGCAAAGAAGUGGAGCCGUAGUUGUGGAGCGGAGGACGAGACUGCGGAGAAGCGACUCUGCAUGCUGGAGGGAACGGCAAGACACAAACCGCGGGAGACAUCCGUUGUUGCGUCUGCCAGUCUGUCGCGCAUGCUUUUUUCUUUAUUUCACUUGACUUUCUCUUCUUGAUUUUGUCCUCUCUGUCCACGAACUUCUCCGCCUCUCCAUUUUUGUUCGUCUCUCUUCUCCUUCGUUCCUCUCUUCUCUCGCAGUUCUGCUGCCCUUCUCCUGUCUCCGCUUGUUCACCGAGGCACGGUGCAGAAAAGAAGUCGCGACUCUUCCAGGUCCCCUUUCAUCGGUUCCGGUCGUCUGCCCCACUGCAGCGACAAUCCAUCCCUGUUCUCUUGAAAGGUCGUCCAGGUCCUCGUUGUCUCCGCUUUUCCGCUUCACAAGUACUCUCUUCUCUCGAAGUUUCAACUCAGUGGACCAUUACAUUGAGGCGCGUAGUGCUGUAUGUAGAGCGACUCUUUGCUCUGUUUCUUCCUUUCAAAUCGGAUCUGCUUGAGAGUCUUUGUCACCUGUCCUUGCGAUCGGAACUCGAGCCUGAACCUGUACUGUUGCACUCAAAGCGUCUACACUGUCUGCAUCCUUAUUCGUCAAUCACCUGCCGCCCCUGCCUCUCCCGGGUGCUCUGACGCGCCUUCCUCAUUGCCUCUUGCUUCCUGCAGCGCCAGCGACAAGGCAGUUCACAGUAUUUCCGUAUCUGCUUUUCGCGUUGCCACUGGCAAAAGGCUCUUGUGUCGACGUCGCCGCUGUCGCGCUCGUUGCAGUCCUUGAAAAAGAUCUCUUUGCAUGCAUCGAUCUGCUCCAAAUCCGGUCAGACGCGUCCUUCGUCUCUCUUCCAUUUAUUCUCCGGGUGCGUCACGAAGCGAAGAUGCCGCUGGAACAAGUGAGGCGAAUGCGCGUCGGCUCGGGGGCGCGAGUGGAAAUCGUGGAGCUCGACGAAGAAUCAUCUGCGCUGCCGCAGGAAGCCGCCGCGCAAGUGGACAGGGCGCGAAACGCAUGAAGAAGGUGAGAACGGAGAAGGAAAGAAAGGAACAGAAGACGGCGACGGAGCAGAAGAAGAAGGAGAAGAAGAAGGAGAAGAAGAAGAAAGAGAAGGACGGCGGAGAAGAGGGAGAAGAGAAAGGAGCAGGUGAAGACCGAGAGGAUCGGGAAGAAGAGGAUGGCCGAAGAGACAAUGGAUUUGGUGCGACGAUGUCGUGAAGACCAGAUGGAGGUGGAGGCGGUAGCGAAGAGGAAAGCCUCCCAAGCCGUAGCCGCCUGCCUGCUGAUGAGUACGCGACUGGCCAGCGGCUGUCCUCGAGGGAACGUCAAAGGACGACACACAGAGAGAAGGCAGAAACGAGAGAACGAGCAAGAGUGAUAGAGGAUGAGACCGAGCGAGAGAAGGAGACAAGGGUGACAAGAGGCCACAGUGACAGAGGGCGUAGGUGAACCGUCGAAGAACUUGUCAAGGUGACCGCGCGCCAGGGAGCAAACCUCGACAUAACCAAGAAGAGAGCGACGCUGAGGCGUUGAGGGGACGCACAAAACUGCACCGCAAAAGAAAAAGAGGAAACAGGGAAGAUACACACAUCCUGUUGGCUGUCCGCGAUCGUCGUGACGGGCAAGCGUUUUUCCUUUUAUUCAAGGCAAAGACCGAGGGAUGGUGACACCCGCUCCGACUGCUUUUGAGAGCGCCCUCAAGGUCUGUAGCGAGUGCAUGUGCAAGCAACGCCUGCUUCGUUUCGUCGCGUCUGUUCAACGGAUGUCUUAAACAGGCGAGUCACUGAUCUGUCAUGGCACCUCGCCGUCUGGCUCCAUGCAUAUCAAGAUCCAGCCACCAGAAACAAGCGGUUCAUUCACUGCACCGCGUGACUGGCUGAUUCUGCAAAGGAAUGCUCUUCACUUUCUCGAUUCCUGUGUAAAGGUGCGAAUGUUUACCUGGAGGUAGAUUUGUGCUCAAGGGAGGUGAGAUGU